UUAAAAUAUUUUUUAAAAAGAAUUAUGUUUAAAUCAAAAGUAGUACCGAAUGGAGAUUUUAAAAAAAAUCAAGAAAGAAAAACAGUUGCUCUACGGCAUAAAACAUCUAGAUAUUCAGUUGUUAGUGAACGAAGAAAAAUGUCUGAAGAUUUAAAUAAUGGUUCUAUUAGUGACAGCGCUGUCAAAAGCAAAAAUUUUAACAGAAAUGAACAUUCUAGCAACUCAAGAUCAGCUCUUCUUCAAGAAUGGAGAUUAAAAAAAGAAAAAAUUAAAAAUCAGGAAUCAAAAAAUGCAAAAGCUAAAUUUGUUGUGAAGCAUGUUGAACAUAAAAUUAACAUAUAUACCGAACAUGAAAAAGAACCAAUCAGUGCAAAGCCAACAAAUCCAAAGAGUAUCAUUCCGAAGAAUUCUAAAUCUGUUCUAAAAGAAAAAAACACAAAUAUAAACCAUACUCAGAGCAAACAAAAUGACUUUGGAAAGGACAUCAAGCAAGAUGAUUCUGUGAGGAUUAGAAAACAAGAUGAUUCUGGGAGUAUCAGAAAAAACGAUUAUUCUUUGAGGAUCAGAAAAAAUAAUAAUUCAGAGAUCAGGCCAUUGAGUUCUAAAAAUGAAAAUACAAAGAUUAGUAAAGAGUCAUCUUGCAGAAACAAUGCUAAAGUUUCUUCUAAAAAUAAUCAACCUUUGAAUAAUAGGGGAAAAUCCUUAAAGCAAAACUUAGCAGAUGAUAAAAAAAUGAAAUCCUCAAUGCAAAAUCAUACACUGUCAGAUGAUAAAAAAAUGAAAUCCUCAAUGCAAAACCAUACACUGUCAGAUGAUAAAAAAAUGAAAUCCUCAAUGCAAAAUCAUACACUAUCAAAUGAUAAAAAAGUAGUGGAUAAACAAAAUGUUUUAUCUGAACUAUUUGGAUCAGAAUCUAUGAUAGAAAAACUUAAUGAGUUUAGUUUUGAAGAAAUACAGAAGAAUGUUUGUACGAAUUCUGAAACUUUUAUUGUUGGCUCAUUUUCUUUUGAACCUCCUCUUGGAUUAAGUAACAUAAACUUUGAAUAUGAUAAAUCGCCAAAAAAAGAUUUAUUUCAUCUACAAUCACCUGAUAUUGAUUCAAAAAAUAGAAAAAGUAGCUCAGGAGCAUUAAAGAAAUUGAAAAUGAAUAAAACAGGUGUCAUAAACCAUUGUCAUUCAGAAAAUGAUGUUGCAUCGACAAAUAAUGUAGAGUUGUUAAAUGUCGCAUCGGUAAAUAAUACUGCAAUAAAAAAUAUUGCAUCACUAAAAUUAGAGAAAGAGUUUAACUCCCCUAUGAAUACAGAAGGGUUUGUUAAUAGUCUCAUCAGAACUCCUAUAUCAAUGUUUAAGAAAAAAGAAGGCAUCCCUCAAGAAAUGUUAUUUAUCUCUCCAAAUAUAAAUAAAAAAAAUAUAACUCCUAAUCCAAAAAACUUUUUUAGUAUGAAUGAAGAUCCAGUGGCACAAAGAAUUAAUUCUCCGCUUAGAAUAGAAAGUGCUCCAAACCCAAAAGUUUCUGAUAGUGUUGAAAACUUUACAAAACUUGUGGCAACUGAAGAGGCUAUUUUUACAAGUUCUCUAAAUAAAUGGAACAAAAUACUUGAAAAUGGAGUACCUGAAGAAGUACAAGGAGAUAUUUUGGCAGCAAUUGGACAAGCCCAACUCUUUACACAAAAACGAUUUAAACAAUUUAAAGAACUUAUUGAAUUGCACAAGGAUAAAAAUGCUGAAAAAGUUGCACUUGCUUCUGAUUUAGAUGGAUUUUGGGAUAUGAUUUACUUUCAGGUCAAGGAUGUUCAUAAAAGGUUUAGUGAGUUGGAUGUUCUAGAAAAAAACAACUGGCAAAAAGAAAUAUGCCAUCAAAAUGAACAAAAAGAAAAACCUAUUAACAAAAAGAAACAUGCCAUUAAGAAGAAUAUACAACCUAAUGUUAUAAAUAAAGAUAAAAAACGUACUGAUUUCCGGCAGUUUAGACAACAAAUGAUGCUUAAGAGCCAAGAAAACAAGGUAGAUACAGUCUUUAAUGAAUUGGACCCACUUUCGUUUAAUUCAAUGAGCAAAGAUAAAAAUUAUGAUGCUGUUGUAGUUAAUGAUGAAUUCUCUGCAGAUUCCUUGGAAGAAACAUCUCCAGAUAAGCAUUUAAUUCUAAACAAAGAAAAUUGUAUUCCAUUAAGCAAUUUAAGACGGUCUACUAGAAAAACUCCUUCAAAGUAUCGUUUUAUUGAAUCUCAGAAGAUGACACCAAAAAGUGUGGCAUGCAAGUUGUUUACUGGUAGCAUAGCAAGACAUGAUUUGCAACCUACUUCAGAGUUUACGAAGUAUUUAUCCAAGACAAUUGUUCUCGAAGAUGCUUCGGCAAAAUGUGAUUUGCUUUCUUCAUUUGACGAUGUUCAGUCAGAAGUUAAACCUCAACCCAAGCAAUUUGAAGACCUUAUGAUGUUUUCUCCAUUAAAUCGAUAAAGUUUUGGAAGAUAUAUUUGUGUGAAAGUAUUUUUUAUAUAUCAAUAAUGUUAUCGCAGAUAUAUUUGUGUGGAAGUGUUUUCGACUUAGUUUUCUUUAUCAAGUUAAAAUAAAAUCCCAAACUGUCA